AUGAUGACAGACGAAGAACUCGAUGAAGACUUGUCGCAGCCAAGUUCUUCACGCGAAACCGCGUCCAAGAAUCGAUCCAUGACAGACAAAGGACUGGACGAGGGACUAGAAGAUGAAUCACCACAAAAACCCCAUCAGAAGGCUGCUGAAGGCAAGGAUAUCACCACACUAGCUAGCAAGGCUAUCAAGACCUCACCUGCGAAGGCAACGACUCCAAAGACGGCGACCAAGAGGAAGAGCGACGAGGCAGAGACCAAAUCUUCAGGCUACCUGGCGGAGAAGAGCAAGAAACGCCUUCUUCGUCUUCCAAUACAAGCAAGACACCGCUACGCAGGAGUCCACGAAAGCACCAGAGUAGGAUGUGUUCUUGAUUGUGACGAUUAUUUGCAAUCCUGGUCUGCAUCGCCCUCUAGAGCCUAUGUCCAAUAGCAUGACAAUCUUAACAAAGAGCAGCAACAUGUGCGGAUCCGGCCAUGUAGGCCACGAGCUACAACAAAGGUUCAUUGCGCUUUAUUCGACUCAACGCCUGAUGUGAACCUGAUUUCGAGUUCGUGUCUAACAUCCGCUGUGCUCACUUCACUCGCUAUGGCCCCCAUUACUCGUCGCGCAGCCGCUGAUAGAGCUCAGUGCAAAGCCGCGGAAUCCAAGAAGGCGGAGAAUACUGGUGCAUCAAAGAUCAUCAAGAAUGUGAAGAGGACCACGUCGAACAAGUCUUCUCACGCAAGAGGGGAACGGAUCCUCCGAAAGUUGGACACGACGCCUCCAUCUUAUCCAGUCCUUCCGACUCCGGGUACUGGAUACCUUGCGGACUCUGAAAUCGAAGCUAUUAGGACCCGUGGCAAAGCCAAGCAACGAGGAAACAGCAAGGGAAAGGAGUCCAGCCGCCCCAAAACCUCUUUCAAAACAUCAGAAGCCACGGGAGGGACGAUGAGGAGCCUCUUGGAAGACAAACUAAACACGAACGCUGAACCUGCUUCCAAGGGUCUACGGUCACACAAUACGAACGGUCUUCGUCGGCCAAUAACGGACUCACGUCACCUGUCAAACAUCAGUAAUGUCAGCGUUGCUGGUAGCAACUUGAACACUCCCUCACCGGCAAGAAAGGAAUCACUUCCUAGCAGAUUUGACGUUCCCGAUGCAUUGCCAGAAUCGCCAGCGAAGCGCUCCGUCCGGCAAAACCCACCCCAGACGCAGAAAGCACCUGCGCGAGAGGUGAAGAGGAUGACGACCACACAGCGACAGCUGUUUGAUACCAUGUCCUCGAUACGGCAGCUAGCUGCGGGGAUCAGUAACGACCUUGAAGAACUUCAGGAGCUAUUGGAAAUGGACGGAAAAGGACAUCAAAGCUGA